CACUAAGUCAAAGACACAGAGAGAUGGGGAACCGCUCCUCCAUUCCUGAAGGUCCUCCACUGAGGAUUGUGAUGAUUGGGAAAACUGGAGUUGGGAAAAGUGCCACCGGUAACACCAUCGUGGGUAGAAAGGUUUUCUAUUCUGCAGCGAGAGAGCACUCUGUGACAGAGACCUGCGAGACAGAACGGGUCAAGUGUCGCAGAAAGAUCAAUGUGGUUGAUACACCUGGGAUUUUGGAUACGACUAAAAGUGCAGAGAGCAUAAGGACAGAGAUUGCAAAAUGCAUCCAGUUGUCCUCUCCUGGCCCUCACGCCUUCCUGCUGGUCAUCCAGAUCGGCAGGUUCACCAAAGAAGAAGAAAACUGCGUCCAAGCCCUGGAGAAAAUCUUUGGACCCGAGGUGUUUAAAUAUGUGAUCGUUCUGUUCACGCGUGGAGAUGAGCUGAAGGGAAGAAGCAUUCGGGAGUAUGUGCAAACAGGCCACCCAAAACUUCAAGAGGUGAUCAACAGGUGCGGUAACCGGUACCACGUCUUCAACAACAAGAAAAGAAGGAACAGAACUCAAGUGGUUAAGCUGAUCGAGAAGAUCGAUGACAUGUUGGCAGCAAAUGGAAGAAAGUACUUCAGUGAAGAAAUGUAUAAAGAGGCAGAGCAGACUCUGCAGCAGAUGAACAGAGACACAGCAGAGCAGCAGGUUUACAACUUCUCCUUCAUGCCUGAACUGCUGCAGAGGGUCAUUCUGUUUCAGGCCAUACUGGCUGCUGCUGCACAGGAAGACGCCAAUAACUCAGACCACUCCAUCACUGCCUCAGAGUCCAACAUGAAGCCUGAUUUCUGAUAGAAAAUGCCUUCAGAUCUGUUCUAGAUUUUUCAUCCUCUGCAGCAGAGCAGCAGCUCAGGUAGUUUGAAAUUUAGAAAAUGAACUGUUUGUACAAGCAGCCAUGUUUAAUUCAAAUAUAUUGUGGAAACUGUAACUGUAUUUGUGUUAAAUGUGUUUGUGUAUUUGUGAUGUGGUUUGUCAGUGUCAGGAUUUGCUGCUUUUUCUGUGUUUCAUACAUUUAUUACUGAAUCUAGGUCAAACCACAAAAGGGUCCUUUCAGAUUAUUUUUACAUUUAAUAAAUGAAACGAUUGAUCACUUUCAAAGACAACAAAGACUAUGAUUAAAUCAGUAGUAACAAAAUGGAGAUUUACUGUAUGUGAAAUAACAAAUAUUUGACAACAUACAAUAUUUUGCACUUCUACAUAUCAGUAUAAUCUCUAUUCAUUGUUUGUAGGUUUGAAAUGGGGAAUAUUCACACUGUUUUCAUUCUGCAUUGUGCAACAGCUAUUUUGUGUCCAUGAAACUAAUUAUUAAAAUGUAUUCAAGAGUGCAGAACUGGAAUAGUCAUCUAAACUAUAUCUGUAUAAAUUGUUAAAGAAAAUGUAACAAAAAAAAAAUCUAAUUGUGUGAUUCAUUUAAUUUAAUUAAUGCACCAUUUUAUUUAUAAUUUUUGAUUUAAUUAAUGCAGGGCCCUAUGCAGUCUGUGUUGUGAGACACCAACUGAUGAAUUGACACAACUUAAAUAUAUAAUAGGUAGAGUUGUCAGUUGUUUAUUUUGUCAAUGUGUGCUUGUAACUGUAGUUAUUUGACUCUUCUUCUUAAAAAAAAAAGGUUGUAGAAUUUAUGACACUCCCAAAGAACUGGUCUAAGGCCUUGGACAGCUCUCCCUCCGCCCUCAGAGUUCCACUUCAUGGAUGUUAAGGUUAGAAGAGGGAGCUGUAAAAGAGACCUUCACAUUUCUGCCUAUGUUUCCACCAAGUGUUUGUUUCUGAUGGUUUAUUUUGUGGCUUUGAUUAAGCCUACCAGUGGCAACUUCUUCUGGAAAGUUCUUCCUCUUGGCUUGAACAUCUGUCUCUGUUACAGUAAGGUCGCUGUCUGACAGGUUCUUCAAGUGCUCGUAGGAAAAUAUGAAGAAAUGUUAGGUGUUUGGGGUUAGGAGUCAAGUGUUUGUUGUAAGGGGUAGGGUUAAGGUGAUUGACUAAGUUUAUCCCUGGCAUGUAGCCUGUACUAUUCCCAUACCAAUGAGGAAGUUACAUUAUUAUCCUCCACUGACACAUGUACCCUGUGCCAAGUGCACAGGUAUGCACAACCACAGAGACUGAUCUGUGCUGUGUUGCUUGUUGUAGCUGCGCUAACAGCUCUGCUGCGAGAGCCUCUCUGGUUUCACUUUACAAAGAAAUUAAAAUCGACAUUGUUUUGCGCAUUUUGUGCCCUACUUCAGAAUUAAAAAAAAAUGGAAAAAAGUAAUAAACAAAUUUUUUAAGAUUCAAUUUACAUCUAAUUGAAAUCUUAUCAUUAAAAUAAAUUGAAAUGUCAUA